ACAUGGGUUGGAGAAUCAAAUCAAAUAGGAGUACUUGUGUAUCAUCCGACUCCGACAGCCGGAUCGUCGCCGCCAUUAAAAAACUCGGCUCGUUUGUUCACCAGCUCCUCAGAUUUACUUUGCUCGCCGCUCGCCGCCGGUUGGGUGGCCGGCCGGGGAAGAUCGUGUCGGAGGCAAGCAAGGUAGGAGAGGAGGGGAGAGGAGGGAAGACGCCGUACGUCGUCGAUCGGAGUCGGAGCUAGCUAGCUAGCUUAGGUGGGUGGUUGGUUAAUGGAGCUGGCGCCAUGUAGCUUCAGCCGGUCAUCCUACACCCAGCAGCACUGUUCCAUCGGCUUCACGCCGGCGCGGGUCGGCGGCUGGAAGGUGCGUGCCGGGGCGCACCAGGGCGGCGGGGACGGCGUGGAGCCGCGCCGGCCGGCCGGGCGCCUCGCAGCGGAUGGGCCCCCGGUCGUCGACGUGCCGGUUGUGGUCGGCGGCGGCGAGGGGUUCGGAGGGGCCCGGGACGCGGAGCUGGCCAUGUGGGAGAAGCUGGGGGCCGUGGUCCGGCUCAGCUACGGCAUCGGCAUCUACGCGGGGAUGGCGCUGGCCGGGCGCGCGAUCUGCGACAUGGCCGGCAUCGACUCCUCCGGCGGGUUCCACCCCUCGCUGACGGCGCUGGUGGAGGGGCUGGGCUACGCGUCGCCGCCCAUCAUGGUGCUGCUCUUCAUCCUGGACGACGAGGUGGUCAAGUACUCGCCCCACGCCCGCGCCAUCCGCGACGUCGAGGACGAGGAGCUCCGCACCUUCUUCGCCGGCAUGUCCCCCUGGCAGUUCAUCCUCGUCGUCGCCGCCAGCUCCGUCGGCGAGGAGCUCUUCUACCGCGCCGCCGUCCAGGGAGCAUUGGCCGAUAUAUUCCUGAGAGGCACGGAGCUGAUGAAAGAUGCCCGAGGGAUUGUGUCACUGAGUGGAAUGGUGCCUCCAUUUGUGCCGUUCGCUCAAACAUUUGCCGCCGCCAUCACCGCCGCGCUCACGGGUUCCCUCUACUACAUCGCUACCGCUCCCAAAGACCCUACCUAUGUGGUGACACCAGUCAUGCGCUCGCACGCCGGGCGACAGAACAUGAAGAAACUGUUUUCAGCUUGGUACGAACGGAGGCAGAUGAGGAAGAUAUACUCACCACUCCUGGAAGGCAUCCUGGCUUUCUACCUCGGCUUCGAAUGGAUCCAGACGGGCAACAUCCUGGCACCGAUGAUCACCCACGGGAUAUACUCCGCGGUGGUCCUUGGCCAUGGGCUGUGGAAAAUCCAAGACCACAGGAGAAGGUUGCGACAAAGGGUCCAGGAAAUUAGACAAAGCUCAGACGACGAGCUCUAGUCACCCAAUAUUCUAAGCAGCUAGGGACCAAGUUUUGAUACAGCUAGCCUACGAUAAACUACCCUAGUAGAUAGAGAUGAGACCGUGGUAGUACAGGACAAGAUGUACAUAUGCAGGCAGGAUGGCAUCAUGUCAAUAUACAGUGUAUACAUAGUACUUAUAUAAGUGUGUUAGUGUAUAUGUAGAAACUACCCAACUGUAUCAUUUUCAAUGUAUGUAUGUAUUCAUGAAGCAGAUAUAUAGAUGACCCUUUUCCUGUG